AUGGCCAAAGCCGACGUGCGAAAGGACUAUUAUGCAGACCUGGGGCUCGCCCCCAGUGCGGAAGGAGAUGAUAUCAAAAAGCAGUUCAGGAAGCUAGCGCUCAAAUACCACCCUGACAAGAACCCCGGGAAGGAGGCAGAGUUCAAUGCCAAAUUCCAAGCCAUCAAAACCGCUCACGAUCUUCUGAGUGACCCUCAUCAACGUCUUAAGUACGAUACAGACCGAUUGCGCGCUGGUUAUGGAAAGGUCUCCGGGCCUCCAAAGACAAAUACCUCGCGGAGAGCACAGCCUCAGCCAACUGCCUUCAGACCUACUCCUCCACGGCCUCAAUACAACACGUCACAUUUUACGAAACCACCUCCCGCGUCAAAUGGACCGUCCGCAGGCGCCAAACGGUACGAAGCACAUGCCCGCGCGGGGCCACAAUCAUGGCACAAGCCACAGGAUGAGGGUCAGACGAGAGCAGAUGCCUUCAAAGGUUUCUCAGGAAUGAGGGGCGCCGCUGGCUGGCGAGGAUUCGACCCGAAUACGGGAGUUACCGAACGCAGAAUCCUUCCUCGACCCCCCCAUUCACCCAAGAAGAGGAACGGAUAUGCCCCUGGGGCCUCCGGAGAUGACGAGCCCAUGGCCCGAAAUACCUCAGCGUAUACCAGCUCCAGCCGGCCAAGCAGCAUGUACUUCGAUUCUCCUCCACGAGCGCCCACGGCAAAGAAACCAGUGGCUCCCGAUCUACCACCGUUCCAACCAGAAUAUGAACGUGCCAGUAGCCGCUACGCGACGGCAGGUGGCGAGAAGACAUUCUUUACAAGCUCCGGGCUUGGACGUUCGUCAACUGUACGCACUCCAUCCGGAGGCUACCGAACCUCCAGUGCACGCACAAACCCACCCAGCCCAACACCGAGUCAACACGGGCGUCACCGUAGUGUCAGCCCGAAGAGCGGGCGCAAUCGGGCAUAUUCAGUCUCCGAAACUUCCAGCGACCUAGACGAUGACGAAGAGGAUAUUCCCGAACCUCAGCCCAAACCGAAGGCCGUACCCAAGAGUCGAAUGCGCCAUCGUCAGAAGUUCCCUGAUCUCUACGGCAAUGAGUCGAGCUCCAGCACUGGUGAGGACCCUCGUGCCCGACAAGGCCAAAAAUACUUCAGGCUGUCGCCGUCUCCGGAAGGAUUCCGGAAAUACCGAAGAAACUCAGGAUACCAGGAUGGAAAUGCUGACUUAUACCGUGACAAAGGACAUAAUUCCGACAGUGCAGCUUUCCCUAAGAACCAGCAAGGACUAUUCAGUAACCCUGCUUCACGGUAUGAUGCUCUUCUUCCCCACUCUCUAAGGAAGUCAAACUUACCAUUCUCCCCAAUUCACAGCCCCGAUUCAGUCCAAAGCAAGCCAACCUCCCAGCCAACUUUUGGACGGGACAGUCCCAGCAAUUUGCACAAGAAGUUUUCUGAGGAGGACUGGAGAGAACAUAUAGACAAGUUCGAUUUUCUUGGUGCCCAUGCUACGAGCAAAGACGCAUUCCGGUCAUCACCUAAGAGCAGUGCGGACAGGGAGAAAACAGCAAAGCUGUACCGUGACUUUAAGUCAUGGAAGGCAGAAAACUUUUCACAUCCCAAAUUUGCAAACAUGUCAAUAAAUGACCCGACGCAAACCCCAGAAGCAAAUCCAUCACGUACCUCGCCUGGCUCGCAAAGCCAGAGCAGGGCAACAAAUUCCACUGGCUCAUUUGCACCCACGACAGGGACUGGGCCUCAACCACAGCCCCAACCGCAACAGGCGCCGACACCAUUUGCACAAGCGAAGUUCUCAGCCGAUGAGUGGAGCGAACAGCUACAGAAUCUAUCUUGGAAUGUAUCGGAUGCUCACAAAUCCCGACAAGGAAACACUCCACCUUUGCGGAGCCCCAAGAAGCCAGCCAGAGACAAUCAAUGGUGGUACUCCCUUGGGGUCAACACAACUCCCCGAGCCGAGGUCGAGCCUGAGGCCAUGGAUCUUGAUGAUGAAGUGCCCCCAAUUCAUCCAACUGCAUCAUCCGCCUCGGGGCAUGGUUCUGCUAGUGGGUCGGCAAACGCAAGCUAUCCGGAUCUAAAUGGAAACGCCACAGGAAAUGCUUCAACGGCAUCGAAGGAAACCGCAAUACCUCACACAGUAAAUGGCGCGUCCAAGGCAGAGACUCGCACGCCUCUGUUCAAUCUGGAUAAUCUCCGCAACACGGCGCCAUUUACUAGCACCAACAGCGGUGGUAUCGAAAACCUGGAAGAUGUUUUUGCCACCUUGCCAUUCGAGUCAAAAGCAAGACAGCAGACAACCACGAAAGAAGACAUUCGGCCUCGAACUCUCGAUUUGCCCAACCCGCCAAAGCGACCCCGUGCACCUGAGCUCAUCCCCCUUCAACCGGGCUCGCAACAACUCGUGCUCUCUCGCGAUAAAUGGAAUUAUUACGUGUCUACUAUGGGCAGCUAUAUGCACGACUGGAAUAUUUUCAGUCGACGCAUGCUGCUGCAUUUCAAUACCCGACAAGAUGCCAUUGAAACAGGUCUCGCUCCGGGCUGGAUAAGUGCCGUGGGCGACACAGCACGUCUGCGAAUGAAUGGUGCGGAUGGAGAUGCAACCCCGGAAAAGAGCCGCAGUCAUACGGAAAUUGACGAGGCGGAUAUCGAUGACCUGGUCCCGGAUCGUCGAACUGGUGGGUACAGUGCGUACCUGCGAGGCAUUGAAGAGGAUGUCCAGAUCUGGGGCGACUUCGGGAGUGGAUUCGCAGAGGAGGAAAAGUGA